UAGCAGAUAUACUAAGAUAGUGGGAGACAUGUGGAAGAGGAGAGACGGACAACUGCCCAUGACUCUUGAAAGAGCUGUGAGGAAUUAAUUUUUUAUUAGACUGGACCCAAUUCGCCCUAUAUCCUUUGAAUUUUGGAUAGCUGUGAUCAAGUCACUAUUUUUGACGGACAUAAUUAUGACUUUUGUCUGUUUCUGACCAGCUGGAUAUCAGUCAAGCAAUAACUGGAGUAUUUGAAUGUGGAUCUGAUUUUAAUGCUCUCCCCAUUUAGGGGAGAAAUAGAUGAAGUAAAAAUAGACAGACAUGAAGAUACUCGGUGGUCAUUUAUUCUUUUUUUACCUCAGAAGGAUAGAGUGGUUCUACCCAUAGCAGAGCCUGAGGAAAGUUGAGAAUCAACAUUUAUCUGGAGCACAUGCACAAAAGGCGUCAACAAUUGUGUUGGACAGAACUGUGUACUUCGGAGAGCCUGGUCAGUUUUGUAUGAGCCAGGCUGAUAGUGUGAAGCCCUGUGGCUGUGUUCCACUGAGGCAUGAGUGUGGGAAGAGCCCACCACCACAGCUUCCUGUCCUGUGAAGAAGGCCUUAGACUGAGUACCAUGCCUGCCGUGGGCAGCUUUGGCAAUGGCAAGAUCCACACAAGACGCAAAUACCACAGCCGGUUUGUCAACAAGUCCGGCCAAUGCAACAUACACUUCUCAAACAUGGAUGAGAAGUCUCAGAGGUAUAUAUCUGACAUUUUCACAACUUGUGUGGACAUCCGCUGGCGAUACAUGUUCCUGCUAUUUAGCCUGGCAUUCGUGGUAUCCUGGCUGACGUUUGGCUUGGCAUUCUGGGUCAUCGGCCUCCUACAUGGUGACAUGGACAGUCAUGGAAAGGAUGAUACUUUUGUUCCUUGUGUUACGACAGUCAACUCUUUUGUGGCAGCUUUCCUGUUCUCUGUGGAGACCCAGACAACUAUUGGCUAUGGAGCUCGCUGUGUAACAGAGGAAUGCCCAGCAGCUGUCUUCAUGGUGGUCUUUCAGUCCAUCAUGGGCUGCAUCAUAGACGCCUUUAUGAUUGGUGCUAUCAUGGCCAAGAUGGCAAGACCCAAAAAGCGUGCUGAAACACUGUUGUUCAGCCACAAUGCAGUAAUUGCUAUGCGUGAUGGGAAGCUUUGUCUAAUGUUUAGAGUUGCUAAUCUAAGGAAGAGCCACAUUGUGGAGGCUCAUGUGAGGGCCCAGCUAGUAAAACCCCGCUACACAGAGGAGGGCGAGUAUAUCCCCCUGGAUCAAAUUGAUAUGAAUGUAGGCUAUGACAAAGGCACAGAUCGCCUGUUUUUGGUUGCACCUAUUACUGUCAUACAUGAGAUUGAUGAAGAAAGUCCACUUUUUGGCAUCAGUAAGCAAGAUCUUGAAACAUCUGAUUUUGAGAUAGUAAUCAUCCUUGAGGGACUGGUGGAGGCCACAGCCAUGACGACACAGGCACGUACAUCUUACCUUCCCUCAGAGAUCCUGUGGGGUCACCGCUUUGAGCCGCUCAUCUUCGAGGAGAGGAACCAGUACAGGAUAGAUUACGCCUACUUCCACAAAACAUUUGAAGUACCAUCCACCCCCAGAUGUAGCGCCAAGGACAUGGAGGAGAGAAAAUUCCCAACAUCUAGCGCCAACUCCUUCUGCUAUGAGAAUGAGCUGGCCUUCAUCAGCAAGGAUGAGGAGGAGGAUGGAGAUACAGAUAAAGAGCAAAACAAAUGCUCAUCUGAGCUGACAGCCACAGAGCACGAUCAACCAACUUCCCGAAGAGAAUCAGAGAUUUAAUCUUUGUCUGUUGAUUGAGUUGUUUGUGGAUGCAGAGCAUGUGGAGGGCCCUGUGACUGUCAUUCUGCUGACAUGAGGACCCCACUGAGGACAUCUCUGCUGCAGAUGGAGGACAAUCCAUCUUCAGCUUACAAAGAUGAAACUCAAAACCUCGGUGGAGGAACUUUUUUCUUCUCUCAGAUGGUUACUGAGCUUUAUGAGAUGCAAACAAAACUUUCAUGUUUUAAUUAGAGUUAAUCCAAGGAAUAAAGUGCAUGACAAGAAAAUUUUGUCUAAAUAUUUUGAGAAAUAUAUGAUAGUUUUGGUGGAACCAUCUGUAGAUGCCUGUUCCUCAAAUAUACAGUGUGCAGUGACAUUGGAGGCAUUAUUUAUAAAAUCAGACAUGUAGAAUAUUUCUCUGAGCUCCUCUGGUAGAAAACUGACUUUUAUCUUAAUGAUAUAACUUGUGUGAACAACACAUUAAAUAUUCUACAUUAGACAAUGUCAGCAGCUCACUCAGUUGGCACACACAAAGCUAAUUAACAUUCAUACAGAAUGGACUGCACAGAAUUACAGAGGACACAUAAGGUUGUUAUAGAUAUUUAGCCACACAAAGUUAAAAUUCUCUUCAUUCGUACAUCAUAUGAAUGUGUUUACCUUUUCAUUCAGCUAGUGGGAUACAUUUGACCUUUACUGUUGUUUAUCUUAUUUAUUUAAGCACAUAGGACACUUAAAGAGACCCCUGAUGUGUGUAUGUACUUUUAGUAAUAGCUGCUUUACCUGGGAAACUGUGCAGUUAUGCAGCACAGAAAAAGAAGUUUAGUUUAUACAGAUUUUUAAAAGAAAUUUGGCUUCUUCAGUUGAGACAGUGAUAAAAAAUACAAGCUUAUCAUUUCUACCCAUGUUUUUUUUUUUUUUUUUUUGUCAGCUAUUCCUAUAAUUAAUUGAUAUUUUGUUUGUUUUAUUAGUUUUUUUUAAGACAGUGCAAUAAAGUGCAUCUUGUUGUGCAGUUCAAAGAAAAUUAAUCUCUGGGUUCUGCCUAUUGCAUAAAACAAUGUAAAACAGACAUUGAACUUGGCAAAAAUUUUGCUUAAAUUACAAAACAUUGUCAAGACAAAGGUUAGUUUUAUGUUUUAUUUUUCUCUUUUAGUGAAAAAUAGUGUUUUUAUAUUGUAGUUAUUAGAAUCAGUACUAAUUAUCUUACCUGAUGUUGGCUGGGCUAGAUAAAAAGAACGCUGACUGAUAAAAAACGAGGUUAAUGCCUUAGACUCUCUAGCAUAGAAAGUGGCCAGUUGAACAUGCUUUAUAGCGUGUGCUGCUAAUAUACAAGUGACACUCAGCACAGUAAGAUGAUCAAAAGAAAAAAAGUUGGUUAGACGUCAAGCAUAGGGAGGCUUUCAAUGGUGCUGACAAAGGGCAUGCAAAAUUCAGUCCAAAGCCCACACUAGCAAAAUAGCAGGGAAUUAAAGGAAAGACAAAGAUAAAAUUACCUAGAAAUGAGAAAACAAGAAACACAAAGGAAGAAAAUUGUAAGAUUACAAGGACAAUCAGAUAUGGAGGAAUUAACUGAUUGGAUGCAGGUGUGUUGGAAAACAAAACUAAUACAGGUGAACAAAGAUACCCUAUUUGAGAAUAAAACUGGGAAAACAAAAAUAAAAAAAACUACGACAAAAACAGUUUUAUGUUUGGUAGGCUGUUGUUUUCUCUUGUUACCGUUCAUAUGCAACAAACAAUGUACUCAGAAACAAAAUGCAAAGAAAAAAUGCACACCUUUUCUGGUGGAUAUUGUGGUGGAAAACUCAGGACCUGAGAACUCUUACAGAACAAGAGGAUCUUACUCCUCCCAAUCUGAUAAUUAAAGAUUUGACAUCAUUUUGGAGAGAACACACUGGCAAUUAAAGAGUCUGAUUAAAGUCAUCUGGAGUAUUUACUGUCACAUGAUGCCACAUGGUAGACAGGACGACAUAAAGCAGUGUCACAUUUGUGCUCUGUAUUAAUUAAAAGACUAAUUUAAGCACAAACACAAACAGUAUUAAAUUUUUUUUCUUUUUUCUUUUUUUACAAUCGGAAAUAAUGGUAUAUGUAAUGAUUUCAGGCAUCAUUGUUAUUUUAGUGACAAAAGGAUAAAAAGCUACAGCAAACUUUCAAAUAGAUGAAACACUAUAUUAUGGUAAAGCUAUUAUAUCAGGUGAAAGAUUCCAUUUGUUGAUUUAAUUUUAUUUUCAUUUAAUUUUUAUCUAAUCAGGUAAGUCCAUUGAGAACUGGUUUUCAAUUACAAUAAGAACCUGAGUCAUAGGCAGUAUUUUUGCAAAUGCAAAUGAUAAAACAUGAAUUCUAACACUUAAGACAUGUCUCGGUAUCAGAAGAUUUAAUCUACUUUGAAACUGGUGUAAACAAAUUAAAUCAUAGCUUAAAAAACUAUAAAGUAUAUAUAUAUAUAUAUAUAUAUAUAUAUAUAUAUAUAUAUAUAAGAGCAUCCUGGUUUUACUUUGUUCCUAACAUGUUGCUGCAUAUCCCAUGCAUGGCUAUAAAUUAAACAAUGUUUGACAACAUGACAAUGAACUUAGUACAUUAUGGAUACACGUUAACAGAUUUGGUUUAGGUCCUGAAAUACUGAAAUUAACAGCCUUUGUUAUUUAUUCUAUAUUCCUGUGGCAGCAUUGUUAUCUUUCCUUCUAUUUAAUGUUAAUGGAUAAGUAACAUAGAUAGUUCGGUUUGUGUUGUUUCUCCUAUCCCAGGUGAGAUGAAUUAGUUUUUCUUCCACAUUCGUCAAACUAAAAACUCUAUGUGGGUUAACUUUGUCCACCUGACUGCUUUUUCAGCAGGUUUUUAACAUAUUUGUACUCAUAUGUUGCUGACUUGUGCUGAAAAUAACAGAACUAGCUCGCUCCAGAAAACAAAUGGUGGUUCUACUGCCAUUUGCACAAAGAGCAGGGUCAGAGCUUCCGGCAUGUAAAAGAACUCUGAUUUGUACAUUUGUCCUGCUUUCAUACUGUAAAUAAAUAUAUUUUCCCUUUGUUCCUCUAAUAAUUUGUUUGAUUCACGAUCUUUCAGGCUUGAAAGUCUAUAAAUAUCUCUAAAAAUGUUAAAAUCUUAAGUUUCUUGAGCAAAGUUAGACAAAGUUGCAAAUAGUUUCUUUGCUGAAGAGACUGAAAUAGUUUAUAAAGAAGCUCACACCUUUGACCUUUUCUGGCUGUCUUCCUCUAAAUGCAUUUAAAGCAAUCUUGAAUCUGAUUUGCACCUUGUCUUCUUUACUUUGUUAUGUGAGAAAAUGAUCUAAAAUGUGACCAUUAAAAAAGAGAUUUCCUUUCAUUACAGCAAUAA